UGAAAAUUGUAUAUUUAAUCUUGUAGGCGUGAUUUCGAUGCAAGAUGCUCUUACUAGUCAAAGAUAAUAGGUGGUACAGUACUCGGUGGUACGAUUAGAACUCAUUUGGUGUUAGUGAGGAGAAAAAAAAGGAGAAGAAAAGUACACUGUAUAUUUAGAAAAAUAGUACGCAACGUGAUCGCGAGUCGUGCAAUGCCAUUAAAAUUUACGUAAAUGGAAUGCGUUGCUGUCAUGUAGUACGUACAAUGACGUAUAGACGUCAAGAGAAUACAAAGUACUUAUUUUUUUUUCACUGUUAUCAUGGGUUCCAGAUUGAGGGACAAUGUGCAACAUCUUUUUGAAUGUUUUUGCGAGGUAGCUGCACCAUUGGGAGAAAAACCACCUUGGAUACUGCAAAAGUAUCCAACUUCUUUUUUAGAUGAGGAAAUACUUAAAUCUGUCCCUAAAUUUGCCUAUCCAUGUGAGAUUGAAAAUUUGAUGGUGCAACAUUUUUCAUUUGUACUCACUAGUAUAGAUUCAAAAUGGACAUUUGGAUUUUGCAGACAUGAUCCUAAGACAGAUACAGCAUUAGUAAUUUUAAGUGUCCUACCAUGGCAUGAAAUAUUUUACAAGCUUUUAAAUAAUAUUGCAACUUUAAUGAGCAAUGGCACUGGAGAAGACCUUUGGAAAUUUCUUGAAACUAUAUAUAAAAGUCCAGUACCCAUCCCUGGUAGUUCUAUCUCUAUUCCUGUACCAAAUUCUAAAGUGAAUUUCGUUUGCCAAAGUCCAAAACAAUUUCAAUUACCAAGUAUACCUGAGAAUAGAAACUUGACCGAAUAUUAUAGUGCUGUCGAUGCCCACAAUAUGAUGAUUAUAUUUGCUUCCAUGUUAUACGAGCGUCGGAUUAUUUUCACUUCAAAACGUCUUUCAAGAUUAAGCGCUUGCGUUCAAGCAUGUAACGCCUUAAUUUAUCCUAUGAUUUGGCAACAUAUAUAUAUUCCAGUUUUACCAUUGUCUUUAAUUGAUUAUUUAUUGGCGCCGAUGCCGUUUUUGAUCGGCGUACCCACCCCAACGCUUCAGAGAGUACGUAAAAGUGAUCUAGGAGAAGUAGUUAUAUUGGAUGCCGACAUUAACACCGUAGAGUCCCCGUUUCAAGAUUUGGAAUCUUUGCCUCAGGAUGUAGUGACAAACUUGAAAAAGGCAUUACGUAAUAGAUCCGCCCUACUCGGAGACGGUGUAUCAAGGGCAUUUUUACGAGCGUUGGUACAAUUAACAGCUGGCUAUAGGGACGCAUUAACGUUAGAGCAAGGGCAGAGUAUUACGUUCAAUCAGAAUGCAUUUGUGGAGAGCAGACCAUCGUCAAUGCAACCUUUUUUAAGAAAAAUGUUGGAACUACAAAUAUUUCAACAAUUUAUAGAAGAAAGACUGAAUAUGCUUAAUUCGGGACUUGGCUUUUCUGAUGAAUUUGAAAUGGAGGCCUGCAGCUAUUCUGCUAAAUCUGGUAGCAAAUUUAUGCAGCAAUAUCGAGAAUGGACUUACACUAUGCGAAAGGAAAGUUCUGCAUUUUUCCGCAGUGUGAAAGACAAGGCCAAUCCAGCUGUAAAAUAUGCAGUUAAAUCAGUAAAAGACAAAGGGAAGGAUAUGAAAACAGCAUAUAAAGGAUUAAAGUGGAAAGGACGAUCAAAUAGAAACGAUGCUAGUAUGAGAUUCCAUCAACCAAGGUCAGCGCCUAGUUCACCUACGUCGGAUAGAAGGCCUAUCGAUUUUACAUCUCCACCAAAAUCACCAAAUGGUUUUACAGCUACUACUAGUUAUAGAAAAGAUCUUCGAAUACGUAACAGUAAUUUCGCCGAUCCAAGUAGGAAACAGUAUUCGCCACUAAGUCCUAGUUCUCCAGAAGAAUCUGAUUUUCCACCCGAGAGAGUGAAUAUUGAUCUGAUGCAAGAACUCCGUCAUGUGAUAUUUCCCAAUACACCUCCCGUUGAUAGAACGUUGAAACCAGUGCGCAGUUUAGACAGCUUGAGACCUGCAUGGAGUGGGCAUAUACGGCACGGCCCUCCACCUAGUACAAUUGUUACAAACCUAACUGUUACUCCUUCCACAAAAACUACAUCCUGUACUCCACAUUCCACCACUUUGAUUAGUCCAGUUGAUCAAUCAAAUAUUUUGCUAAAUACCAAUGAUAUGUCAAAUUCUCAAAUUAGUGGAAAUAAUAGCACGUUUCCAUUUGAUGCUAUUGGAUCGAAACCAAAUAAAACGCGAGAAGAAACCGAUAAAUCAUUACUUCUUCCCGCUUUACAGAGAUGUAAUGAUAAUGUUCAAACAAGUAACAUUUCACAUAAGAUUCAUACAACUGAAUUUAUGAAAUAUAAUACUUCAUUAUAUUCUCGAAAAGCUGAUAUAGAGCAAUGUAAAAAUGAUUUUGAAAAUUCGACAAAAAACUCUACGUUUUAUACCGACAAUAUUUUUCCAAAUCACGAUUCUGAUCUUUAUCCGAAAGAAAAUGAUCCUUUUGAUACUAGUAAAGUGUUUAUGCCUUCCUAUUUGCAACCACCCAUCUUUCAAGCUACAAAUGCAUCGUUGUCUGUUAAUUGUCACGUUCCAUCCCAUGCAUACAAUAGUACAUCUUGUUCUGCAUAUUCAAAGGAAUCUCCUGAAGUGCCAGAUUUGAUUAGAUUAGAUUCGACAACGAGCAACGAUGACUUCGACCCAUUGCUUUCUAAAUCAUCAGAAUUCGCGAGUUCUAAACAAAUGACUCAAUCAUUGCAUAUACCUGAAAUGGGCGAAGGUCUUAGCAACCCGUUGUAUCCUUAUUUCCAACCAUUGCACAAAAGUAACGAUAAGCCACAAAAAUCUUCCGAUAAUACCGGCGAUUUGGAUCUGUUGCAAGCCUACGGUUUGGAUUUUAAUAAAUUUAGUAUAAGUAAUGGUGAUUCACCAUCGAGAAAUUCUACAAUAUGCAACUCAUCCGAAAGCAGUAUUAAUAUCGAUAGUACGUUCAGCUUAGGGCCUGCCAUUAAGUCACAAAAUAAUUGGACAAAAUUUGAAUAGGUAAUAAUUUCAAUUACUAUUCACAUAUCACAAUUGUAUAUAUAAUGUUAAUACUGUUUUCUUGUUUUGUUAUUCAUGUAAACAUAAAUAUCAUCGAACGCCUAAGAACAUAGUUGUGAAUAGGAGUUUUACAAUAAAACGAUAAUAGAGUUCAAUGAAUUAUAAUUUUCUAGCCAGUAGGUAAAACGGAAUACAAUUUGGAUUUGGCUUUGUAGCACAAAUGUAAUACUAUAUCCUUAUACAUUUUUUAUAUUGAAAACUGACAGAAUAAGAUUUACAAUAUUCUCGAAUUUGAUUUUGCGCAAUUUCUGUCAUUAGUUUUCCAGAUUUAAUUGUAAAUUUAGCUAUGAAGUUUGUUUCAAUCGGUAUGGUUAAUUGAAAUAUGAAAUGCAGCUACAACUUGAAGUAUUAUUUAAUAUUAUUGAGAUGAAUUUUUACAAUAUUUAUGUAUAUUAAUGUUAUAACAAUUAUGUUGUAAAAUUAUAGUAAGAUGACAGAUAAUACUGAUAGAGUAAUGCAUAUAAUUUAUAUCAUUUCAUUAAACUUUUCUUUAGCUGAUCGUUUUCAUAAAUUAGUUGCAUUUGUUCAUGACUGAUAAUUAUAAAUCUACUAAGAAUAAUCGAUCGGAACAAAUUAAGUACCUUUAUUGAAAUUAAUAGCUUACCCUUGUUAGAUUUUAAAUAUACUAAAUUUCAUAGUUAUUGCAUUUAUUGGCAAUGCUUUAUAAUAAAUCAAUAUGAAAAGCAA